GAGCGCCAGCGCCUCUGGCAGAAUGUAAUCGCAUCAUCGGAAAGGUAUUGGGUUUGUCAAAUUGUUUGGUGUGAUUUGUUUUGCAUUUUCUCACUUGAAUACCUCAAAAACACCCCCAAACCCAAGCCUAAAUCGCCAGUAAACCAUGGUGGACAAAGACAGUGCAUUGAUUCAGAAGAAAUUGCAGACGGAAUUGGAGCACUUCAAGGCGGCGCAGAAAGACUUCAACAAACUCGUGCAGCAGCGACAAUUACUCGACGGACAGCUGAAUGAGAACAAGAAUGUGAUGGAGGAACUCAAUUUGCUGAAGCCUGAGAACAAGGUCUACAAGCUGUACGGACCAGUGCUGGUACGGCAGGAGUUGGAGGAGUGUCGGCAGAAUGUGGGGAAGCGCAUAGAGUACAUCAACAAGGAGCUGAAGAGGUGUCAAGACAGCCUCACGACCCUUGAGAAGAAGCAAGACAAGCACAGGGAGAAUCUCCAGAAGCUCCAGCAGCAGUAUCAGGUGGCUAUCGCCAUGAAGUGAGAGGGUAGGAGGACUCAAUAAAGGCGCAAGUGGAA